CUUUAUUUCGAUAAUAAGAAUAUUGUGCGCGUUAUUCCCGAAGUUUUCUUGGAAAUGUUUGGAUGGAAAUUGCGUCAAAACCUUAUCGAAAGAUGCCCUUCCAUUCGCAGAAUGCAAACUAAUUUGUUUGCCGUACGCUGGUUUGUGGCCAAAACCAACAUAUCUCGAGAUAAAUCGCACUUUAAUCCCGUUGAAUUCCGUCUACGUUUACAUCAGAAAAUUUCAAAAAAGUCUAAUUAAAAGUCUCAUUAAAGGAGCAACAAAGAGAUUUUUGAAGCGGUUUUACAAGAUGAAGAAAUUGAGUCGGGCAAAGAAUGGAGUCCAACUAAAAGUGGCCUUUAACAUUAUUAAUACUAAUUUAACCCGACUCACUUUGAAUACGUCGGAAGGAUAUGAAUUAUUUAUAAACGCGUCAUCACACAAUGUUUAUGUUAACAUAGUUUCAAAUAAUUUUUUCGGUGUUAGGCACGGUCUUGAAACCCUCUUACAAUUAAUCGUUUGUUCCUUAUCGAUUAAUUCAAUCAAAAUAAUUUCAGGUGCUUACAUAAAAGAUAAACCUUUGUAUCCUUAUAGAGGGGUUAUGUUAGAUACAGCUCGGCAUUUUAUUUCAAUUCGUAGCAUCAAAAGAACCAUCGAGGGAAUGGCAAUGUCAAAACUCAACACUUUUCAUUGGCAUAUAACCGAUUCUGAGAGCUUCCCCUACGGUUCUACAACAAUUCCUGAAUUAUCAACGCUCGGUGCAUAUUCACCUUUAAAAAUAUACACUCCCAGCGAUAUAUCCAAUGUGAUUACAUACGCUUUAAUAAGGGGAGUUCGUGUAAUUCCAGAAUUAGAUUCCCCAGCUCAUAUACGUGAAGGUUUGGAAAAUUUAAAAAUUACCGUUGAUUGUAACGAUCAACAUAGUCAAUUAAAUCCAAUACUUGAAAAAACAUAUGAAGUUCUUGAAGUAAUUUAUAAGGACAUAAUCGAAGAUUUUAACCCUGAAUUAUUUCAUAUGGGUACCGAUGAAGUUUCUUUAUCUUGUUGGAUGCAAGAUGAAUCAAUAAAAAAUUGGAUGAAAAAUAGAAAUUGGGACUUAAUAGAAGCAAACGGGGCGAGAUUAUUAAACUAUUUUCAAAAUAAAGCUUUGGAACGUUAUCGAAAACAUCAAAAAAUCGAUACCCCAAUUAUUAUUUGGGAUGGAAUUUUAUCCCAGGAUGAAUAUUUACAAAACAUCCCACAGAGUCGUUACAUUAUUCAAGUAUGGAAUGGAGGAAAUGGAUAUGAAAAAGAUUUAAUCGAAAAAGGAUAUAAUAUCAUAAUUAGCAGUAUAAAUCCGUUUUACCUCGAUUGCGGAUUCGACAUUCAUUGCCAAAAUUAUAACACUUGGGAAAACAUUUAUGAUUUUCGAAUAUUCAACGAAUUAAAUAUAAACGAUGAGGAUUGUCAUAAAAUUCUCGGAUCCGAAGUAACAGUAUGGACAGAAAAAAUCGACGAUUCAUAUUUAGACAGUAGGAUAUGGCCAAGAGCUGCAGCAAUGGCAGAAAUAUUUUGGUCUGAACCCGAUGAAACAUCUUCUAAAGUUAAACAAAGAUUUUUGUAUCACAGAGAAAGACUUGUACAAAUUGGAAUAGGUGCUGAAGCAAUUGAUACCGAAUGGUGUAUUCAAAAUGGAAGAGAAUGUUCGAAUUUAAUUAGGUUAUCAAAAAUUAACACGAUCUUUCUAAUACAUUUUUUAUCUUCAUCAUGUCUACUUUUACAUCGAAAUUCAUUUCCAAAAAUCUCAGUUGCAACAAGAUAUACUGGAUAAUGAAAUGAGUAUCAAGAAAUAGAGGUCGAGGAAGAUGCAGAGUUCUGAGCUGGAAACUCUACUUAUCAAAUCACUCAAGUAAUAAGUAAAAAUAAGCUCUAAACCAAGAAUUGCAUCUCUAUGACUUGUGAAACUUUGCUAAGCUUUGGAAAAAUUCAAUAUAAACGUGAAACUAAUAAAUGAUAUUCUUUGUAUUGACACUUUUUAUGGAAAUUUGGGAGGAUGCAUUUUUUAACUAAUUUAAUUAUUAUUUGGGAUGGAAUUUUAUCCCAGGAUGAAUAUUUACACCCGAUGAAACAUCUUCUAAAGUUAAACAAAGAUUUUUGUAUGACAGAGAAAGACUUGUACAAAUUGGAAUAGGCGCUGAAGCAAUUUAUACCGAAUGGUGUAUUCAAAAUGGAAGAGAAUGUUCGAAUUU